AUGGCGACCGCUGAGAGCAUGCCUGUGGCGCUUGAGUCCGCGAUACCAAUAGAAAACGGAAAGCAGAGAGGUCUGAUAGCCGCUUCAACAUUCUGCCUGCUUAUAACCAGCUUCAUGGUGGCUCUUCGACUCAUCGCCAAGAAGAAAUCGAAAAAGGCACUCAACGCCAGUGAUGCUUGCAUUCUUGUAGCACUGUUCUUCAAUACCGCACUACAUGCCGAUGUCUUCAUCAUGGUUGUGCAUGGAGGAUUUGGAUUCCAUGUCCAGGACAUUGCCAUGCGCUUUGGUCCAGACGUCCUUACAGUCUUUUUCAAGUGCAUCAUGGUGUUUGCACUGCUUUGGAACGCAACGACCUGUUUUACGAAGCUCUCGGUCCUCCUCAUGUACAUGAGCAUUUUCCCCGUACGCCGCGUAAUACUCCCAUGCAAAAUACUCGCAGUCUUCAUCAUCCUCUGGAACACCGGCGGUAUCCUCGGCGGCGUCCUCGUUUGCCGCCCAUUCGCCAUGAAUUGGGACCAGACGAUCCCCGGCGGCAAGUGUGGCAAUCAGCCCAUGUAUUACAUGGCACUGGGGGUCAUCAACAUUCUCGUCGAGGUCACUAUGCUUGCCCUGCCACUCCCAGUGCUCUAUAACCUGCAGAUGCCCACGCGCAAGAAGGUUGUCAUAAUCAGCAUGUUCAGCGUCGGUUUUGCCACGUGCGCCAUCACAAUCUAUCGACAGGCCACGCUGCCCGAUCUCCAAUUCGCCGAUAUGACACAUAGCGGUGCUGUUGCGACGCUUCUGUCGGGCCUGGAGCCAUCUGUCGCUCUGGCGCUCGCGUGUGUGCCCUUCCUUCGGCCGUUAUUCGGAGGCGUAUUCAGCUCAUCGCAGAAGGGGUCGAGCUAUGCUAACGUGAAGCCAAAGACGGAAAGCUAUAAGAAGGGCAGCAAGCGCAGCGGGAAUCGGGACUUUGAAGAGCUUCAGGAUGAUGCGUCGGAGAUCCAGCUUCGCCCUGUCAUGCCGGUGAGGGGAUACCUUGGUUGUAUCUGGACCGUACAGCAGCAUCGAGGAGCUUGA